CCUACGUAGGUUUCGGAUGCUGGUUCGCACCAUUAGCAGAGGCCUAUUUCCUGUUAGCAAGCCCCAUUGUUCGGCACAAGUAUCUAUUACCAGUAGACACCUUCUUCUUAUUUGACAUUGUGAAGAACAGGAACUUGAUCGUCCAGUUCACUGUAGGUGUGUACGCGUAUAUAAUGACACAUUCUGGGUUGUGUGUCGCGUUCAGAGGAGGCCCACAACACACCGGCCCUGUUUGCAUAUCCGAACACUUUCCCUUCAAGGCAUGGUUGUAGGAGUUGUCAGGGAGCCCGUUCACGGAGAUGACACCAAAGCUCUGCUGUGUCUACAGCAUUUUUCGUGGAGUGCUUCAUUUGAAAGGUGUCGACUCUUCCUCUUAGGACUGGGGAAAAAAAAGAAAAAGCUCUCUGAUUCGUUCCAGAUAUGAGGCAUCGAACUGCUUUACACCUCACUGCUGUAACUGUUGUCCUCCUAAUCACAUGGGGAAUCUCCAUCAAUUUAUUCGGUGCACAGGAGAAAGCAAAUGACAUCCUCGCCACACGUGCACCUGUGCCGAAGUGCAGCCUCUCCAGAGUCUGCCCCCCAGACCACUUUGCCUUGUAUGUGACAAGCGGAGCCGCUGAUAUCGUCGGGCCAAAGAUCUGUUUCAAUGGUAAAAUCAUCAUGAGCCAUGUGCUGAACAAUGUGAAACCAGGGCUGAACAUUGUGGUGGUAAAUGGUGAAAAUGGAGCUGUGGAAAAAUCUGACAGUCUUAACAUGAAAACAGGAAACCCAGAAGACAACCUGGCGUACCUGAAGGAGAUAAAAGCUGGAAUGAUCAUCCUGGUGGCCUCGUUUGAUGAUGUGACAACAAAGAUGACAAAUGAAGUGAGGGAGAUAUUUGUCGGGAUGGGAAGCACUUUGAUCCAGUCUGUGAAACGGAGAGACAACUGGGUGUUUGCCGGAAGAGCUGGAACGAAAAUCAAAAGCCUCUUUGAGCAGCGGACUGUUAAUAAUGAGAAAACCAACACUUACGAAGGAUGGCCGGGGGUGGCGGAGGUGGGCGGCUGUUUCCCGAGAACGGUGACUGACAGAAACUUGAAAGAACCUCUGGUGGACAGCAGAAUGUGAUGGAAGCUCAAGGGCCUCUCCAAAAACCUAUCAGUCUCUAUAAAACAAAUAGCUUGAAACACAUUGUACAAUGCCUUAAAAAAAAAAAAAAAAAGCAUUCAACCCCCAUUCCCCAUCUGAACGCUGCAGUUUUACUCUGUUCUUCUUUGAACUGCUCUGUUCUGCUCGGUCACGUUGCACGAACUCAAAGUCCAUUUACAAAUUUAUUAUAUUAUUGUAAUUUAUUGGAUUGAGGUCUGGGCUUUGACUCGGGCCACUCCAGUUCUCUCACAGGCUGUGUUGCUGGCCGUCUGCAGUGUUUGGUGUCUGUCAAACACUGCGUCUUUCCUGAGGACCUGAUGGGACCGAACAACUUUCUUCCGGUUGAAAGUGGAAUCUCUCCCAUGUCUUUGGCGGAACUCCAGUCAGGAUUUCUCGUAAAGCUUCGUCUGGCAAAGAACAUGUCCAGAGUCUCUCCCAUCUCGGGUGGUUAAGCUUUUAACUGGUCAUAGAUGUCUUGGUGGUCUCCCUCACUUGUCUCCUCCUGACACAGUCCCGCUCCAGGCAGAUUUACGCAUGUUCCGUGUUCCUUCCAUCUCCUAAUGAUGGGUUCAGCUGAACUCCAGGGCAUGUUCAAUGUUCAUUUUUCUGUAUCCAUAACCUGACUCAUUGCUUUUCAAUAACUCUUUUGUCUUUGUGG